UAUAAAGAAAAUUAAAACCAGACUAUUGCAAUUUAAAAGGGGAUUUACUUCGUCUUCAUCUGCAUCCCUUUUGUUUAUGCAGAAAAAAUGGAAAAACAAAACCAAUGAAAGAUUAUUACAUUAAGAAGUCUUUGAUUUUAUUAUAAUCAAAGAUUUGGAGUUGUGAAGGAGGUGGUCCAGACCCCUCACCUCACGCCAAAAUUACCCAAUCAUCAAUCUUUAUAAGAAGCUCAUUUUCUUGAACAAAAAAGCUAUAUAUUAUUAAAAUAAAAAAAUCUCAAGUUCUUAUCCCUAUUAACCGCCUCCUAUCAUUUCCUUUCAUAAAUUUAAUCAACCCCACUUGUUUCUCAUCGAUCUUUGUUACAAAGUUCAAAUCUUUAUGUAUUACAAGGUAAGAUUUGUAAUCAAUUGGUUUGUUUUUUGUGAGAGUUUUGUUUUCAUUAGAUUUGUUGAUCUUUGUUGGUAAAUGUUAAAAAGUUCAAAUCUUUAUGUAUUACAAGAUCUGGUUUUGGAUUUGACGAUUAUCAAGAACAUUUUUGGGUUUGAGGAUUGAAAUUUUGUGUUUUUUGAUUUGGUGACUAAAAAGUUCUGGGAAAUGUCGCUUUUGCCAAAAAGCGAUUCGAUUCAUAUUCGAGAAGUUUGGAACGACAAUCUAGAAGAAGAGUUCGAUUUGAUCCGAGAAAUCGUUGAUGAUUAUCCGUUUAUCGCGAUGGAUACGGAGUUUCCAGGAGUUGUUCUUCGACCUGUUGGGAAUUUUAAGAACAGUAACGAUUAUCAUUACCAAACAUUGAAGGAUAACGUGGAUUUGUUGAAGUUGAUCCAGUUGGGGCUAACGUUUUCUGAUGAAUAUGGGAAUUUGCCUAAGUGUGGAACUGAUAAAUACUGCAUUUGGCAAUUCAAUUUCUGUGAUUUUAACCCGAAUGAGGAUGUUUAUGCUAACGACUCGAUUGAGUUGUUGAGACAGAGUGGCAUUGAUUUCAAGAAGAACAUAGAAAAUGGAAUUGAUGGUAAGAGGUUUGGUGAGCUUUUAAUGUCUUCAGGAAUUGUGCUGAAUGAUAAUGUGUAUUGGGUUACAUUUCAUAGUGGUUAUGAUUUCGGGUACUUGUUGAAGAUCUUGACAUGCCAGGACUUGCCUGAUACUCAGGCAGGUUUCUUCAACCUGAUCAACAUGUACUUUCCCGUGCUUUAUGAUGUUAAGCAUUUGAUGAAGUUCUGCAACAGCCUUCAUGGUGGAUUGAACAAGCUUGCAGAGCUGUUGGAGGUUGAGAGAGUUGGUGUUUGCCAUCAGGCCGGUUCGGAUAGCUUGCUCACAGCUUGUACUUUUAAGAAGUUGAAAGAGAACUUCUUUAGUGGUUCAAUGGAGAAGUAUGUCGGUGUCUUGUAUGGUCUAGGUGUUGUUGAGAAUGGACAGAGUGUCCAUUGAUGAACAAAAAAAUAAAAAAAAUGUGAAAAAAAAAACAAAACCAAAAAAAAAAUGAUAGAUGCUUAGCAUUUGUGUGUGCUUAUGAUGCCGCACUACUCUGUAAACUUCUGAUAAGAAAGUUUGCUCUUCAUUUAUGAUAUAACCCUUCUUUUGGCUAAA